CUCACUGCACUGUUUCCAAGAGCGCAGCGCUGCACCAUGACAAUCCACUGGACUUAACUUUAUUCCAUGAGGACUUUUUUUGCGUCUUCACACACUAAAGUGACGUCCACGGCUACAUUCUCAACAGCGAAAAACAAAAGUUUGCCGCAAAGUUUGUCCACUUGUUCUCCAAGAUGCCACGCUCCUUUCUGGUCAAGAAACACAUAAACUCCGCAAAGAAGCCAAAUUAUAGUGAACUGGAAAGCCCAACAGUGUUCUUCACGCCGCACAUCUACAAGGGCCUUCCCCUGCCUGUCAUCCCCCAGCCGGAGAUCCUGAGCCCGGCAGCGUACAGCCCCAUUACCGUGUGGACUACCAGCAGCCUGCCGCUGUCUCCGCUCCCGAGUGACCUGUCCCCCAUCUCUGGAUACCCGUCAUCCCUCUCCGACACCUCCUCCAAAGACCACAGCGGCUCUGAAAGCCCGAGGAGUGAUGAAGACGAGCAGAUGCUGCCCAAGCUCACAGAUCCACACGGAGUGGAAGCAGAGAAAUUCCAGUGUGGACUGUGCAGCAAGUCCUACUCCACAUACUCUGGACUGCUCAAGCACAAGCAGCUGCACUGCGACGCCCAAACGAGGAAAUCCUUCAGCUGUAAAUACUGCGAGAAGGAGUACGUGAGCCUCGGAGCGCUCAAAAUGCACAUCAGGACUCACACCUUGCCUUGUGUUUGCAAAAUAUGCGGUAAAGCUUUCUCCAGACCGUGGCUGCUCCAAGGACACAUCAGGACGCACACCGGAGAGAAGCCGUUCUCUUGCCCUCACUGCAACAGGGCAUUUGCAGACAGGUCCAAUCUCAGGGCGCACCUACAGACCCAUUCAGAUGUGAAGAAAUACCAAUGCAAGAACUGCUCCAAAACUUUCUCCAGGAUGUCUCUUCUGCACAAGCAUGAGGAAUCUGGUUGUUGUGUAGCACACUGAGCUGAACUGGGAUACUAUUCCACUACCAGAAAAAAACAAAACUCUGUUGCUUCUUCUUCCUUUUUCCAAACCCAGGAGAACUGUGAGGAAAUCCCAUCAUGGGGGUUUGAUUUCUAAUAUGCAGACUUCUUUUGUUUUUGUGGCGACUGGUCGGUUCCAUUUCAGGGAGAGACAGCCCUGUGCUCACUCGCUUCUCGUUUCAAGCAGUGUUUCUAUGAUUUGCAAUCGGCGCCAGCUUUGCCAAACCAUGUACUCACCUACCUGUGCUAGUCAUGCACUUUUCUGCAUGUCUAGUGUUUUAUAUGCCUUCUUGAUGUUAUCCUCAGUGUUUGUACCGGUGUCUCUCAGCAGCUGAUCUGCAGUCCUCCACUUUUCCUUUAUACCAAACACACAAACUAUACCAAAAGGCGCAUUAAUGAAUGACUGUAUAGACACAAUCAGAGGAAUACUGAAGCCAUUGUUAUUUAGGGAACACAUGCAAACUUAGUUUUUAGGGCGAAACUAUUAUAAUAACUUUUGCACAGUCAUUAGAAGCAGGUUUGCAGCUCUCCGAUAGCAAUACGAUUUCAAUCAAGUGCCUGUUUUACUUGGCAAUAAUAUGUAUUUUUCAACAGCGGUUUCAUUUUAUAUUUUUAUAUCCUGAAUGUAAGCGUGACUGAGAUGAUUGUAUAUCAACAGUGAAAACUGUGAUGCUGAAUGAUUUUGAUAUUUUCAUGACACUUUUGAAAAAUAAAGUUUCAUGACGUUUUGUA